GUUGUGUUCAAUCCUGAUUCUUAAUCCCACACAACAAUCGAAAGGAAUCUUCAUUAACUGCACACUUUAGAAGGCAUCAUGGCGGACACUACAAUUACACCAGUUUCUAUUGAUACUUCCAAGUUGAACCCAUUGUCUCAUGAGGUUAUCUCUAAGCAGGCCACUAUCAAUAUCGGUACCAUUGGUCACGUAGCUCACGGUAAAUCCACCGUUGUCAAAGCUAUUUCUGGUGUCCAGACCGUUCGUUUCAAGAACGAGAUGGAGAGAAACAUUACCAUUAAGCUUGGUUAUGCAAACGCAAAGAUCUACAAGUGUGAGAACGAGGCAUGCCCCCGUCCCGGGUGUUACAAAUCAUACGGCUCUUCCAAGGAGGACCACCCUAUGUGUGAACGUGUUGGCUGUGGUAGCAAGAUGAAGUUAAUCAGACAUGUAUCGUUCGUCGAUUGCCCAGGUCACGACAUUCUCAUGACUACUAUGUUGUCUGGUGCCGCUGUCAUGGACGCAGCACUCUUGUUGAUUGCUGGUAACGAAUCCUGUCCUCAGCCCCAGACCUCUGAGCAUUUGGCUGCUAUUGAGAUCAUGAAGUUGAAGCAUGUCAUUAUCUUGCAGAACAAGGUUGAUCUUGUCAAGGAAAAGGCAGCACAGGAGCAGCAUGAGGAUAUUCUUUCUUUUGUUAAGGGUACUGUUGCUGAUGGUGCACCAAUUAUUCCCAUCUCUGCCCAGCUUAAGUACAACAUUGAUGCCAUUAAUGAAUACAUUACCAAGAAGAUCCCCGUGCCUGUUCGUGACUUUACUGCCGUUCCCCGUUUGAUCGUCAUUCGUUCUUUCGAUAUUAACAAACCUGGUGCUGAUGUCAAUCAUCUUCAGGGUGGUGUUGCAGGUGGAUCAAUUUUGAAGGGUGUUUUGAAGAUUGGAGAUGAGAUUGAAGUCCGUCCUGGUGUAAUCAUUAAGGAUCAGGAAGGUAAAAUUAGAGCCAGACCCAUUCUUUCCAAGAUUUUGACUCUUGCUGCCGAGACAAACAAGCUUGAGUUUGCUGUUCCUGGUGGUUUAAUUGGUGUUGGAACUCAGAUGGAUCCUACCCUCUGCCGUGGUGAUCGUCUCGUUGGUCAAGUUUUGGGCUACCCCGGAAGUCUUCCCUCUAUCUACACUGAACUCGAGAUUUCAUACUUUUUGUUGCGUCGCCUGUUGGGUGUAAAGACCGAUGAUAAGAAGCAAGCCAAGGUUGCCAAACUUACCAAGGGUGAAUUACUACUUGUCAACAUUGGUUCAGUUUCUACUGGUGGUCGUGUUGUCGGUGUCAAGGCUGAUCUUGCAAAGAUUGUUUUGACUGGACCUACAUGUACCGAAGUUGGUGACAAGGUUGCCAUCUCUAGAAAGAUUGAGAGACAUUGGCGACUUAUCGGCUGGGGUAAGAUCAAGAGAGGAACCGUUCUGGAGGCCGAGGCAAAUUAAUCGGAUUGUUCGAAACUAUACUUAUAUCAAAAGAAGAAAAAAUUGAAAAAUAUCAUAAAAAGAACAUUGUCUCUUUACAUUCACUAAUAAAUAAAUAAAAACC